GUACCUGUAAUGAUAAGAGUAUAUGUGAUAGAUAAUAAUUAAUUAUACAGUAUGUAUUAGAUUUAGAUGUACUUGGAGAUAUUGUAUACGAAUAAAAAUUCUUUAUUUACUUUAAUCAUUUAUAAAAUUCUGCUUAAUACUUCGAAUUUUCUUUCGACAUAAACAAAGAUAGAUCAAUAUUUAAAUCACGUUUCUUCCUUGACAACUGUGGACAAAACAUAGUGUUGCUAUGCAAAAGUAACUUAACAUGUUCGAUAGCAAUACAUUUCGUAUUGUCGAAAUAGACAAUAAACAAUCAUGUACAAGUGUAAAUAUCUACUAGGAAGAAAAAAAGAAGUUAGAAGAGAAUUAGACAUCAUCUUUUUAUUCGUAAGAUGGAUAAUCUUGAAAGAAUUCGACUUUCAAGAAAACAACGGAGACUCUCAAGAAAGUGGUCUUUGGAGACUGAUGAUAAUAUAGAAUCAAAUCAAUUGGAAAAUGAAACAAGGAAUGAUAUUUACGAAUUAAAGGAUAAUUCGGAGGAUCAAUUGGAAGUAUCAGAAGAAAAUUCUUGGAAAAAUGAGAAAGAAAUAAAACAAUUUCGUCAAAAUAUGCCUGAGAGAAGAAAGAAAAGAGUCUUGAAACGAGAUAAAACGUUGAAGGUCACUACUUCUGAUAUAACUAAAAUAAACGAAAUUAAGAAAGUUAAGGAAAAAGAAGUUCUUUCAUCAACUUCAAGUAAUGGUCGUCUUUCCACUAAUCGUUUACAUCACAAGUCAAGAAAACGUAUACAUGAUCCAUCGAGUAAUAUUGAGAUACCGAUCACAGAAAUCUUAAGAAAAUAUGAAGAACCUGUACCUCCAACUCCAUUGACCACUGAUAAGAUCUACAUUCAAGGUGAUAAUGGCUUUAGCAUGGUUAAAAUUAUUACCAAGGAGGACGAUCGAAGAAACGUUUUAAAAUUCUUAUCUAAAGGUCGUCUUAGUAAACAAAUUUAUUCAUCUAUAAGUAUAGCUAUAAUAGCUCAAAAAUUGUUUAAACGUAUAGCAUUUGUUUAUCAAGGUCUUUUAGGUGGAAUGGCUUUAGUACAUCUUACAAUGAUGCAAUUUUUCUUUGAUUCCACGAUGAAUUUUAUCUCGAAGUAUUCUCACUUUUCCGAGAUUUACUAUAGUUUAUUUUCAUUGCUAAUCGUACUUUCUGUUAUCUCGACGUUCGACAAAUUUGAUCUAGCACGCUUGGAUGUUGAUCAAUUAAAAGACAUUUGUAAAGAUUACGUUGUAUCUGCCAUAGCUAUUCCAUUGUAUUUAACAACAUUAUGUUUGCACGAAAUAUUUGCAAAUGUGGAUGAUAAAUUAACGUUAAUACAUUAUCAAUAUUUUAACAAUACCUCGUGGAAUGAUACCAUGCAUAUGGAAGAAAUUUUUGAUGAAUUAACAACUUGGAAGAAAGUAAACAUAUCCAAAGAUUUACUUGUCAUACUAGGUUGGUUUUUUGUGGCAAUUGGGAUAAGAGAGGAUACUUUACUGAUUCAUCUUGAAUCAAUGCAAGGAUCUGCAGAAACUACAUAUAUAAAAUAACAUUUUCGAAAAGGGUAUCAUUCUUUGAUGAUAAAAAAGAAAAAUUAAAACUUUCAAGAACAUUUUCCAUACAAGUGGAUUGUGUUCUUGUUUCUCUCAUUUUUUUUUUAUAUCUUUUUUAAAACAAGAUUUUAUCUUAUAGUCACAAAACAUUGCUAUUUUUGGAUUUAUUCAUAACAGAAUAGAGCGUUUGAUAUGUACAAUAUGUAUAAAGUUAAGCUAACACUAAUGUUUAAAAGAUCGUCUUAAUACAUACGAAAUAACGCAAUAAAAGUAAAAUAAUAAUAAUUAUUAUAUUAUAUAUGCCUGUACGAUAAGGCUGUACGAUAGAAAUCGUUUUUCUUUAUUUUUUUUCUGUAUUUUUUUUUUUUUAAAGCACACAUAUCGUAUUUAAUCGUCAAAGCAUUUUUGUUUCUGUAUCGAAGGUAAAAAAUAAGAAAUUGGAAUAGAUUAUAAAAGAUGAUUAGCACAGAAACAAAUAAAAAGCUAUAAUAUGUAUAUGUAUGCGUUAUAAAUGCAAUCGAUGAUUUUGUUGUCAUGUAAACUAUUUUUCUUCAUACAGAGAAAGUAAAAUAAGCAUUUGUUGUAAAUAUAACGUGCUAUAUAUAAUAAGGAUUUUUAUAUAUUCGAUUUUUUUUUAAACAGAUAAAUAUAUAAAUACAUAAAAGAUCUCUCGUUUCCUUAAAUU